AGGAGGCCGGCACCCUCCCCCUCGGGCGGCGCGUUCCCGGGCAGUCUGCGCGAGGGCCGGGCCGCGGCCGGCUACCUCCUCCUCCCCCCCCCCGUCCCUCCUCUGUCCCCUCAGCCUCUUCGCUCCACGUCGUCCCGGCUCCCGGGGGAUGCCCCGGACCAGGCUCUCUUCAUGGCUGCCGACGUUUUCAUGUGUUCUCCGCGUCGGCCCCGCAGUCGGGGCCGCUCGGUGCUGCUCAAGCCUCGGGUGCCGGAGGACGACGACGACUCGGACACAGACGAGCCGUCUCCGCCGCCCCCCUCCGGCGUGGCCCCCGCAGCCCGGGCCCACGCGAGCGCCGCACUGUUGCCGCCCCGGGCCGGGCCGGGCCGCGAGGAGCCUCCCCGCCGCCAGCAGAUCAUCCACAGCGGCCACUUCAUGGUGUCCUCGCCGCACCGCGAGCACCCGCCCAAGAAGGGCUACGAUUUCGACACGGUCAACAAGCAGACGUGCCAGACCUAUAGUUUCGGCAAGACCAGCUCCUGCCACCUGUCCAUUGAUGCCUCGCUCACCAAGCUCUUCGAGUGCAUGACCCUGGCCUACAGUGGGAAAUUAGUGUCUCCAAAGUGGAAAAACUUCAAGGGCCUGAAGCUCCAGUGGCGGGACAAGAUCCGGCUCAACAACGCCAUCUGGCGGGCAUGGUACAUGCAGUAUCUGGAGAAACGCAAGAACCCUGUGUGCCACUUUGUCACCCCACUGGACGGCUCUGUUGACGUAGAUGAGCAUCGCCGGCCAGAGGCCAUCACCACAGAGGGCAAAUACUGGAAGAGUCGCAUUGAGAUUGUGAUUCGGGAGUACCACAAGUGGAGGACCUACUUCAAGAAAAGGCUGCAGCAACACAAGGAUGAGGACCUCUCGAGUCUGGCCCAGGAUGAUGACAUGCUCUAUUGGCACAAACAUGGAGAUGGUUGGAAAACCCCAGUCCCCAUGGAGGAGGACUCACUGCUGGACACAGACAUGCUCAUGUCAGAAUUCAGUGACACCCUCUUCUCCACACUUUCUUCACACCAACCAGUGGCCUGGCCCAACCCGCGGGAAAUAGCACAUUUGGGAAAUGCAGACAUGAUCCAGCCAGGCCUGAUCCCUUUGCAACCCAACCUGGACUUCAUGGACACCUUUGAACCUUUCCAGGAUCUCUUCUCUUCCAGCCGAUCCAUUUUUGGCUCCAUGCUGCCUCCACCUACGUCAGUACCUGCCCCAGAUCCCAGCAGCCCACCUUCUCAGGGGAACAUCUUGCCAAACCCAGCUCUUCCCACCGUGAGCCUUCCCAACAGCCUCAUUGCAUCCUCUGCGUCCCCGUCCCUGGACCCCACAGACGGGCAGGCUUGUGAACGCACUUCCCAGACUGUGGACCCGUUUAUUCAACCUGCAGACUUUGGUCCCUCUGAGCCACCACUGAGUGUCCCACAGCCCUUCCUUCCUGUCCUCACUAUGACCUUGCUUUCUCCUGGCCCUGCCCCGGCACCUGUCCCAACGGCACUGCCCUUGGUUUCUCCUCCUGCCUCUACUCUGAGCCCUUCAGCUCCGCCAGCUUUCCUGCAGCCACAGAAGUUCGCUGGAGUCAGCAAGUCGACCCCUGUAAUCACCCACACAGCCUCGGCCACUCUCACCCAUGAUGCUUCUGCCACCACUUUCAGCCAGAGCCAGGGUCUGGUUAUCACAGCACACCACCCAGCCCCCUCGUCAUCCCCCUGCGGUCUGGCACUGUCACCUGUACCCCAACCACCCGCUGUGGGACCUCCCCAGCCUCAUUUAACGUUUAUACACCCCAAACCUGUGUCCUUGACUGGAGUGAGACCCAAGCAACCCCCCAAAAUAGUGCCUGCUCCCAAACCCGAGCCUGUGUCCUUGGUGUUGAAGAGUGCCUGCAUUGCUCCCGCUGCCUUCUCAGGCCAGCCGCAAAAGGUGAUCAUGACAUCAGCCCCUCUGAAGAGAGAAGGGAUUCUGGCGUCGACUGUGUCCCCAUCCAACGUGGUCAUUGCCUCUGCUGCCAUCACCAGGGCUUCUGGAGUCACAGAGUUCCUCAGCCACAGCACAAGCAGCCAGCCUACCCCUGUCUCUCGGCUCUUCUCCCCAAGUACAGUGCAAGACUCCCUGGUGAAGGGCGAGCAGGUCCCACUGCAUGGGGGUAGUCCCCAGGUCCCUGCCACGGGCUCUAGCCGAGACUGCCCCAACUCAGGGCACGCCUCUCCCUGCCCAUCAGAACAAAGUCCCAGUCCUCAGUCCCCCCAGAACACCUGCUCAGGGAAAUCUACAGACCCCAAAAACGUGGCUGCAUUAAAGAACCGGCAGAAGCACAUCUCGGCUGAGCAGAAAAGGCGUUUUAAUAUCAGGAUGGGCUUUAACACCCUCAACAGUUUGAUCUCCAAUAAUUCCAAGCAGACCAGCCAUGCCAUCACACUGCAGAAGACCAUGGAGUACAUCACCAAGCUGCAGCAGGAGCGGAUGCAGAUGCAGGAGGAGGCCCGGAGGCUUCGGGAGGAAAUUGAGGAGCUCAAUACUACCAUCAUCUCCUGCCAGCAGCUGCUGCCUGCCACAGGAGUCCCUGUCAGCUGCCGCCAGUCAGACCACAUGAAGGACAUGUUUGAGGAGUACGUGAAAAGCAGGGUCCUGCAGAAUUGGAAAUUCUGGAUUUUCAGCAUGAUCAUCAAGCCACUGUUCGAGUCUUUCAAGGGGAUGGUGUCCACCAGCAGCUUGGAGGACUUUCACCGGACGGCGCUUUCCUGGCUGGACCAGCACUGCUCUUUGCCUGUCCUCAGGCCAAUGGUACUGAGUACCCUCCGGCAGCUGAGCACCACCACCUCCAUCCUGACAGACCCGUCCCAGCUGCCAGAGCAGGCAUCAGAGGCUGUUUCCAGGACUGGCAAGAGACUGGGGGAAUUGUAAGCGUGGUUGGCAUGUGACUGCAUGAGAUGCCUGAAGACCCCCCCCUUCCUGACAUACCACCUCAGGGCCGCCUUUGACUCCAGUGGCCCACUGCCCCUGUCAGGAUGCUGUGCUCAGGUCUGAAGCAGGUUUGGGGCCUGCCCACAGCAGUAUCCCAUCUUGGGAACCCUUGCUGUGACCUCUCACUCAGCGACCUCAAUCACCAGUCUCCCCUGCAUUUGGGGUGGCCCAGACAAAGGGAAACAUGGCUGUUCUGCUCCUGUCCUCCUGGUGGCCUGUUGGGGUCCAGGGCCAGCAAGUGCCAGACAAGGAGACAAAGCCGUUCCUGCAGGUGGGGAUCAUCCGGGGUCCCUCAGAAGUCCUUUCUUGAGACUUAGAGACUCGGCCCCUGUCACAUCGUUGUCUACUUGUGCUCCUCUGGCAACCCCUGCACACUUUCUGGCCUCUGUAGCAGCAGUGAAGUCUCCAUCUCUUGCCACCCUGGCAGCAGCUGACCCUCUGGGCUGCUGUUCUGACCUCUGCAGAGAGGAACGCGCCUCCUCCCUGGUGUCUUCUAUUGAAGGGAAAUCUUCUUCCCAAACCCUGAGCACACAUGGAAAACAAAGGCUGUGGAGGCCAGCUGGCCAGGUUACGGCACAGGCCAUGCAGAGCUGCUCUUCUGGCUCAGAAACCCUCCGAGCAUGUCCCGUCCACUGUGUCUCGGUUCUGCCUGGCAUUGCAGUCACCGUGACGUUCCCAGCGUAGCCAGGGACGUGGCCCAGAGCCUCUGAGGCCUGGCCUCACAGCUGAGGCCCUCCCGUGCCUGUUCCCCACCCUCUUCCACUUAGAAGCUGUGGAAGAGGCGCAUACACUCCAGGGUCAGUCCCACUCUUGGGUCUAGCGUUCGCAGGUCACACUCCAUGAUGCUGCUGUCAUCCUGGUCAUUUUCUCUGAAGUUUGGGAGCUCCAAACCAGGACAGUUCUCAGACCAAAGAUGUCAUCGUACGAGAGAAGUCUGACCCGUCUUGUGUUAAGAGGAGGAAACAGAAAGCUGAUGGCAGCAUGCCAGAGUCGGCCCCGGAAGCUAGCUCCAGACUAGAUGGCCAAGAGCUGUGCUCAGAUUUGGACCAGUGAGUUUGGAGGGUGACCCGUGUCUGAAGGUUCCAGUGCCCCAGUGUGUGUGCUCCAGUUGGUAGAGACAGGGAGAGGUGGGGGAGGGCGCAUUGACCCUCACCCUUCUCUUUGCUGCCUCUGAGAUGCUGCAGGCAGUGAGGUACUCUCUCCAGCACUCAGGGAGCCCAGUCCAGGGCACCUCCCGGGAAGAAUGUGCGUUUUGCCCUGCUGUCACACCUAGAGCAGGCAGCGGGCUUUCUUAGACUGCCCGGCCCCUCCUCACCACGCUGCCUGUCCUGGGGGGACCACGUGAAGAGGGGAGCCCAGGAUGUUCCCUGAAGUUGUGACCCACGGAAGCCUGCUGAGACCUGAGGCCUGCCCUGGACUAAGUAGGUGGAGAGAAGGAAAGGGUAGGGGCUGCGGGCUGCGCCGCCAUUGAUGCGGUGAGUGAGCCCUGACCACACGCUUGCGCCAUUGCCUGGUUUCUGUCCUGUCUGGGACAGCUUGGGGGCCCUCCUCAGCCGUCCCCAAAAACGUGUUUACAGGUUGAGGGAUGAACACAAGGCACAUAGGCUGGACCUUGGACUUUCCACCGGGCACCCGUUCCUUUCCCAAAGACGAGGUGAAAUUGUCCUUCAGAAGGCGAAGGGCCACUGUGGUAGGAGGAAACUAAGCCGCUGCUGUGAGGGCGUCGAGAAGCCCAGCCCUUCCUCCUCACGGGCCACGGGCCACGGGCCACAGGCCACACCGUGGCCGUGAGGACUCCUGUUCUCUCCACCCUUGCUGGGGAGAAACCUUGUUUUUCAAACUCCGUGGGUAUGAGAUUGGCCCUAUGCUUCUCUUGCCUACCUCUCCAGUUUGCUGAGUUAAUCUCAUCUUGUUUCAUCAGAUGUGUAAGGCUGUUAGAUUGUGUGAAACUGGGGGUGAGAGGGGAGAGGGAGGAGAGAGAGAGUGUGUGUGUGUGUGAGUGAGUGUGUGUGUGUGUGUGUGUGUGUGUGUCCGUCCGUCCGUGUCCUGGCAGACUAUCAGGUGCGUGUUUUUGUUUUGAGUGACUCCAUUUCCCUUUUCUUGGUGCUCACUUUGGCCGUGGCUGUGAGGUCACAAUGCUUUAAAAUCUCCAGGAAUGAUUCUGCCUUGGAGAUUUUCUUGUUUUAAAAUCUUGCCUGAUGAACCUGGCCAAUCAGAGGGUCCUGGCCUUGACUUCUGUCCUGGACACCAAGGUCAGCAUUGGAAUAGCCGAGGCCACUCUGCUGGGGGUCUCCACUGGGCGCUGACCACACUGUUGGACCGGGGUUUGUUUACACUUACUUUCACUCCCAUUCCUGCCCCCACUCACCAGAAGAAACUUCAAAAUGUUAGCACUUUGGAGAAGAAGAAUAUUGGCCUAAAAGGAGAAACCACAAAGCCACCUGGGAAAUCUCUGCAAGGGUUUCUGUGAAAUCUUCACAAGGCAUCAGCACAUGUUCUGUCUGUUCUUUCACUAUGAGUGGGCACUGCAGAGGCAGGGUAGCUCCGGCUGAGGGCCUUCCUCCAAGUUAACGGAAGGUUACGCACCAGUAGUCACCCUCAGGAGAGGCCAGCCGUGCUCCGGUGGUCUACCCAGCACAAAGGAAGCACUUCAGCUUCAGGACGUGGUGUUCACACACUGGGUCUUGUAAAAGGCUGGAAGUGGCCGGCGAGCACGAAUUCUCGUGUGACCCAUCCAUGAACCCUGGAUCUUGUCUGUGUGCUCAGGACCUCUUACCUCCCUAUAACCCCCACAGCGUACAUACUUUAAAGAUCUGUCCUCCAAUCCGUGCUCUGACUAAGAGUGACAUCCCUGUAGAUUCUUAGAAGACAUGGCACCCAUUCCCUGGCAUAGUCCAGUGGCAGGUGGCAUCAGGCCUGCCAGUGGCCAGCAGCCUCUCUUGGGUGUGUUGGCUCCUCUGGCUGCCUGCUGGAUCACCUGGCCUCAACUCAGGCCUCGGCUCCAUUCUCGUAACUGGUUCUUGUCUUCCUUCCACAGUCAGAUCCCUUUCUGUUCAUUCUAACCUGGCUCCUCAACGCUCUCAGUCCCGCUACCUGAGGCCUCCUAAGAGAGCCUGAGUGUGUGGGGGGGCCUCUCCUUUUUCUCUCCUGACUGUAGAAAUGGCCUCUACCUAGAUACCUAGAUACUAGGGUACAGUUGAAGCCCACCAGUGUGUAUGUAUGGAACUUGGUUUUCAGUAUCAUCUUGUAGUCCUGUUGGCGAGGUGUGUGGACAGUGAGACAGGAGUAGUGAGUCGUCUAGAAUGCCAGGGUUGCCGAGAAGUGCAGCCUUGGCCUCAGUCCCCUGAUGCCCUGUAGUGUUUCAGAGGACCUGUUCUGGGUCUGUGCAUGUCUAAGAAGAAAGGGGCAGUUAGGGUGCCAUGGAAGAGCGUGACGCUCAGGGCAUGUGUGAGGUGUGUUCCUUUAGCACUCACCUUGGCCAGGAGCUACUUAACAAGUUUUGAGAUUGUAGUUUGGUUGGUUUUUGGUUUUUUGAGACAGGGUUUCUCUGUGUAGCUUUGGUGCCUAUCCUGGAACGCCAUGUAGCCCAGGCUGGCCUCGAACUCAGAGAUCUGCCUGCUUCUGCCUCCCGAGUGCUGGGAUUAAAGGAGUGCACCACCACCACCCGACCAGGUUUUGUGAUCUUAAGUCCCAUGUACAGCUGGUGGAAGAUACCAGGAGUGUGAGAGAAGCCUUAGGAAACAGCCCCUACCCCUGUGCCUCUUGAGAUGUGGAUAAGAACAGGUCAGCUCCCAGCUCUUGCUGAGGAAUGGGCCUCGCUGUUCACUAGAUAGGACUGUCUGCUUGUCAGAGCUUGUAAGACUCAACCUUCUGGAAAGAAAAGGGAACUUUCCACAGUGAAUGUUAACGUGUGUGUGCACGCGCACUUGCUCCAGCCUGUGUGUGUGUGCAUGUGUGUUUACUUAGUGGAAUUUUAUUUUUGUGAAAUUCCUUUCCGGUUGUUUAGCAGAAUUCACCUGUAUCUCCAUGCCAAACUUUGGUUCCACAGUUAUAACCCUAGGCAUGGUGAAUUUGGAAUUCCUUUGGGAUUCCUGAUCUGGUGUUCUCUAGAGCUGAGAUUGUUCAGAGGAGGGAGACACUGACGUUUUAUACAUUGCCUAGUUUACACCUGUAGGUUAAAAGGUCCCAUGGCCUCAGCCAGGCUGUGUCUCUCUUGAGGGAGUCUAGUAUCCCACCCCUAGGCACUUUUCACCCGGAUCUUCACCCUGUAGAGGGAAAGCGGGCUUGUUUGCCUGCCCUAGUGCCCCGGCUGAAACAACAGGUCCUCCUUCUUCAGGUUCUGCGGGUUUCAGCUUCUGAGCACAGGCUGAGUGUCUGCUGUGUGCUUUGGUGAUGGUACAGGGCUGCUUUGAGGAGGCAGCUGCGCCUGGGUUAGGGUGGGGUCCACUUAAUUCGGAGCUCCCUGGGACUGCUUCCCUGAGCCUGGUCCUCUUGAUGCCCUGCUGCUGACAAGCACGUUUCCACCAGCUGACCCAACACUACAAUGCAUUUUUAAAACUAUAUUUGCAUCUAAGACAAUAAAAAAAAACUUAUUUUUUUUUUGAAA